UAAGGAAGGAAGCUCAUGAUAGCAAAUUGGCCAAGGAUUAUGCCCAAAGCAUGUUGGAGUGGGGUAGAACUGUACAGUCUCAAUUUCAAAGUUUGCAAAGCUUUAUGGAGAGUGUUGCUUUGCGUACUGGUAUGCCAGCCACAAGUGUUCCUCCUCCCCUGCCACCGCCACCUCCGGCUCCCAGAUAUGCUGUUUCACCAUCUCCAAAUCCCUCACCUGAAAAUGUUGGUACCUUUGGCUCAUCUGUUGGAAUGGAAACUCCUGAAGAAACAUUGAGUAGGAUCGCAAGUGUAAACUUUCGCAGCCAUGUGAAUGCAACUACAAGUGGUGGGGGUACCUACUCUCCACCAGUAGAGGAAGACUUCCCAUUAUUUCCAUAGCAACUUUGGUUA